AACUCUAAAAGAACUCUAGAAAAUUUAUAUUUAACCUCUAUUAAAUUUAUGUGUUUGAUAAGGAAUAUUCAAUUGAAAAAUAACGAUAUUAUAUAUUGAAUGGCAUCUUGCAAUUCCUAUUUACCUACAAGCGCAUGUAAAGCCAUGCUUGAUGCGUGUUGCGGAUUUCGUGGGAAGAAGCAGUUGUCAGAGUUUACUUUAAUUUGAGGUUACAUUACCAGGAUUCCGUGUUUGAAGCAAUAUGUGGUGCUGAGGAAUACAGAUUAUGGAGCAGAGAUGACGGUUAGUGAAAUCUGUGACAUGACUCAAAAAUAGCAUUCCAAAAAAUGAGUCCGAAACGAAAGACCACAAGCUCCGAAUCUACUUCGUCAAGUUCAUCUGGAUCAUCAUCCAGUAGCUCCUCAAGCUCUGGUAGUGAAUCAAGCUCAUCCGAUUCAGAGAAUUCUAGUAGCUCAGCAAACAGCCAGAAAGUCUCUGAUUCAGAUAGGAAUAAGAAGAAGCUCCCAUUUCCACCAACACGCCAUGUUAAAGGGAAGAAUGAAGCAAGUGCCGCAUUGCCCUUGGAUAAUAAAAAUAAGGAAAGGCCAACGCCAAAAAGUAGGCCUGUUGUCUACUCUUCAGAAUCUGAAGAAUCACCUAGUAAACUUAAACCGGCUAAGAGAAAGCCACCGGCAAAGCCAAAAGCCACUGCCACUGUUGCGCCUGUUGUUAAACCACAGCGACCAAUCAGUAAACCAGUUUCUACUCCUUCAUCUCAUAAAAAUGUAGGAAGUACGAAACCAAUUGCCAAUAAGCCCAGCAAAAUUAUUGGAAGCGUUACCAGCAGUGUGAAGAAUAUAGAAAAACCAACAAAAACGAUUUUAGAACCAGUGCAAAAAAAGCUCAAAAAGAAAAGCAUAUUUAGUCCUGAAAAUAGUAGCGAGAGUGAUGGAGCACCACCAUCGAAGCCAAUAGGACUUAAAACUACAAGCAAUCCUGUCAAAUGUCCAAAACCUCAACAACAAAUAAAGCCAAAACCUGUUGAGCCAAAACCUCGUCCACCUAUAGCAAAUAGACCCAGUUUAGUAACGAAGACACAACCACAAAAAUCUGAUAGCUCAGCAAGUUCAAAAAGUUGCUCUGGAGGAUCCGGUGGUUCAGGAUCAUCUGGUUCUAGUGACAGUAGUUCGGAUUCAGAAUCUUCGGAAAGUGUAACAAGUCCUCAGCCUCAACCGAAGAAAAAAGAAAUACAUUCAAGCACAAAUAUUAAUACAGUCACUACCAGUGCACCCCCUAAAAGGCCCACAGUUUCAAUUAUUGCCAGCAAACAACAAAAAACGUCCAAACGACACGGUGCCGUAAAAAGUGACGAUGACGGCGACGCCUCGGACAGUGACAAGGAAAUGGAUGAACAGACUGAGGGAAACACAACAAAAACGACUGCAAAGGGCAAACGGAAACUACAGACUCGCAAAGGUAGCAAAUUAUUGCAACUGCAGACGAAAACGAUGAGCGACUCUGAAUCAGACACAGUAUGGUUCUCAGGUACGGAAAUGGUAGCGUGUAAUCGAAUCCUGCAAAUUCCACUGAUACGGUGUGAUUUGUCGGGAGUAGCUGAGAGCAAACGAAGCACCAGCAAGUCUCCAGUGAAAAGGGCAGGCCUCAGCACUGGGGCUAGACACUCAUCGAGUACACCUAGAACUGGGACUGCUAGUGGAAGCGGUACCACGACGAUUCCUAGAUCAGGACAGGGAUCAUAUACACGAACUCGUGCAGUCAAGGAACGCGAGUGUCCUUUAGCUGCAUCAUGUGAUUCGCGUGGGCACCUGUCUGGGAGGUUCGACACUCAUUUCACGUUGGAGGCUUGCCCAUUGUAUCAUAAUACAACACCACAGGCGUGUGUGGAAUUUUACAAGGAGAGAAAGAAACGUGAGGACGAGCGCAGAAAGUCCAUGUCUAAUUUGGGUAAAAAAUCUCCGAAGCGUAUGCAUCAGACAAAUGAACAAAGAAACUAUCAACUUAAAGUGAAGGAUCUGAGAAAUAAGUGGAAAGGACCUGAUGGCGAUGGUAACGAAAGUGACAGUGGUGGUGAGCCCCAUGGAAUAGAAAAGAAUCGACAACCCAGACUUAAAAAUCUUACACCGGACUAUGACCUGAAGUUAUUUAUGGAAGCGCAGGCAAUAGCUAGUGAGAAAAUAGAAAAAGAAUUAAAAGAAUUAGACUACGAUGGCGAGGGUAGAAAUGGUGGAGGUACUCGCUGCGUAGAGAUGGGUAAAUGGGAGAUGGAAGUUUGGUACCAGAGUCCCUAUCCAGAAGAGUUUAGUAGAGCUCCGAAGUUAUACCUUUGUGAAUACUGCUUAAGAUACGCCAAGAGUCGUCAAGUAUUACGAAGACACAGGGACAAGUGCUUAUGGCGCCAUCCACCAGGGCACGAAGUUUAUAGGAAAGACAAGAUAGGCGUAUGGGAAGUGGACGGAAAGCGUUACAAGCAAUACUGCCAGAAUCUAUGUCUCCUGGCGAAAUUCUUUCUGGACCACAAGACUCUUUACUACGACGUCGAGCCCUUCCUUUUCUACGUGAUGACCAUCGGCGACGCGGAAGGCUGUCACACCGUCGGCUACUUCAGCAAGGAAAAAAACUCAUUUCUCAACUACAACGUCUCCUGUAUCCUGACCCUGCCGCCCUAUCAGCGUCAAGGAUACGGUCGACUACUAAUUGACUUCAGUUACUUGCUGACGAGGGUGGAGAAAAAGAUUGGCUCGCCGGAGAAGCCUCUGUCUGACCUCGGUUUGAUCUCCUACCGGAGUUACUGGAAGGACGUGUUGCUGCAAUACCUUUGUAACUUUGGCGGCAAGGAACUAUCUGUCAAAGAUAUCAGCAAAGAAAUGGCCAUUGACUCUUACGACAUAGUCAGCACCCUGCAAGCCUUGGGAAUGAUGAAGUACUGGAAGGGCAAACAUAUCAUACUGAAAAAGCAGGAUGUGAUCGACGACUACAAAGAGAGAGUGAAGCGACGUGGUCCCGUCUACAAGGAAAUCGAUCCGGAGUGUCUGAAAUGGAAUCCCUUCCAGCCGCCCAAGACACCCUCCGCUUCAAACUAAUAGAACUGGCCAAUAACCUCUUCCUGCUUUCACCUCAUCUUUCUCCCUCAGUCUUUCAAACCUUGUCUGUCUCUCUCUCUCGCAUGUAUUCGUCCCCCCCAGUGGUCUCUAAUAAAAAGACCACCCUUCCCGUUCAUGAGAAUCUGCCCUUCCUCUUCUUCUUCUUCUUAUGGGAAGCCAUAAGCCGCUACAAGCAGAUUUCACGCCUUAGUCCGUAUCCUAAGAACCGAGAGGCCUUUCUUUUUACUUUAUUUCCUUUUCUCACCAUUGAACCAAUCCCAGAACACCCUGUACCUUUGUAGGAAAUUAUAAGAAAAAGUGGCCAUCCGUUCUCCACCUGCAAGUUCAUUGAAAUAAGAAUGCACUCAGUAGUGAAAUCCUGAUUGGCAUAUUUUUUGUGGCUUAUAGUAUAAUAAAUAAUUCGUGCAUGUCCUACCAUGGUAUCGUUUAACGUAAUUACCUAUAUUAGGUGAAUUCGAAUGAAGUCCUUGAAUUAAUUUAAAGAAGAAAAAAAAAAAAGAAAAAACUUGCUAACUAGCAACGUCGACCAUUGUUUUAAUUCGACAUGAAGAUUUUAAUGAUAACAGUGUACACUCGAACAGAAGUCGAGAAAUUCGCACGGAACGAUAAUAAGAAAUAGGAUGAUAAAUCCCGAGUACAAAAAUUUUUAUUAUAUAAGAGCCAUUACGUAUUAGCUCGCAAUUGUGUACGUACAUUUACGAUAACGUUGUUAAGGACACGAGAAUAAAGUUCUUAUGGACUCUA